GCCACAUUUUCUUUGAGUCUCUACUCUAGAAAGAUCUAACGAUGUCUGGAAGAGGUAAAACCGGAGGCAAAGCCAGAGCAAAGGCAAAGACCCGCUCCUCCCGCGCCGGGCUGCAGUUCCCCGUCGGCCGUGUCCACAGACUGCUGCGUAAAGGAAACUACGCCCAGCGCGUCGGUGCCGGAGCCCCCGUGUACCUGGCGGCGGUGCUGGAGUACCUGACCGCUGAGAUCCUGGAGCUGGCCGGAAACGCCGCCCGCGACAACAAGAAGACCAGGAUCAUCCCCCGUCACCUGCAGCUGGCCGUCCGCAACGACGAGGAGCUCAACAAGCUGCUGGGCGGAGUGACCAUCGCUCAGGGCGGCGUGCUGCCCAACAUCCAGGCGGUCCUGCUGCCCAAGAAGACCGAGAAGCCCGCCAAGAAGUAAACAACCACAACCACAAACACAACGGCUCUUUUAAGAGCCACA